UGCUGGCCGCCGCGCUUUGCUCGUACUCGUAGGCGUUCAAACAUUUAGAUAUUCGCCCCGUAACUCCGCAACUCUGAUGAAGUUCGUGUUGGCUUGCUGAUCUAUCGAAAUGGCCGAUCUACCCCACAGACCGAAAGCAGAGGAUGAUCCGGGCAGGGCCGAAGAAGAUGAUGAAGACGAAGAGGAAAUCGACGAAAGUGGCUACAAAACAGUCAAGGAUGCUGUUCUCUUUGCCAUCGAGGUCAGCAAUUCGAUGCUGAAAAGGCCGCAGACUUCGGGGUCGAGGAAAUCAGACAAUACUUCGCCUCUUCUAGCAGCCCUGAAAUGUGCAUACCAUCUCAUGCAACAGCGCAUCAUCUCAACGCCUCGCGACCUGAUGGGAAUCUUGUUGUACGGCACAGAAGCAACCAAAUUUUACGAUGAAGACGAGAACUCGCGAGGUGGCUGGUCGUUUCCUCACUGUUACCUUUUGACGGAUCUCGAUGUCCCCGAAGCCUCAGAUGUGAAAGCUCUCAAAGAGUUGACCGAAGCAGAUUCUCCCGAAUCAAACGAACUCUUUCGGCCAUCAAAUGAGCCGGUCUCGAUGCACAAUGUCCUCUUUUGCGCCAACCAAGUCUUUCAACAAAAGGCUGCCAAUUUCACUUCUAGACGUUUGUUCAUUGUCACAGACAACGACGACCCACAUUCUACCAACAAGGAUACUCGGUCUCAAGCAACAGUGAGGGCCAAAGAUCUGUAUGAUUUGGGAGUGAUAAUAGAGCUAUUCCCAAUAUCUACCCCAGAACACACCUUCGACACGAAGCUCUUCUACGACGACAUCAUCUACAAAGCAUCUCCCUCGGAUCCUGAUGCAAUUGCUUACAACCCGUCUUCCAUCAUCGAUACCGAUGGCUCCAAAUUGUCUGCUGGCUCGAAUGAUGGCAUUUCCUUGUUGCAAUCUUUGUUAUCCAACAUAGCCUCCAAAGUCUCCCCUAGGCGAGCCCUGUUCUCUUCGGUCCCACUCGAACUUGGUCCUGGGCUCGAGAUCUCGGUCAAAGGUUAUCUCUUGUACAAGCAUCAAACACCAGCCAGAAGCAGUUACAUUUACCUUGGCUCUGAACGCCCACAGAUCGUGAGUGGACGGACCACACAAGUGACUGACAACACUCAACCGGUACAAAAGGCCGAAGUCCGGAAAGCCUACACGUUUGGGGGCGAGCAAAUUACGUUCACGGUUCAAGAGGCUCAAGAACUUCGGAAUUUUGGAAAACCCGUCAUAAAAGUGAUUGGGUUCAAACCAAUGUCCAGGCUGCCACUAUGGGCUAAUAUCAAGAAUUCAACGUUUCUGUAUCCGUCAGAGGAGCACAUUGUCGGCAGCACUCGUGUAUACAGUGCCCUGCACCGCAAAUUGUCGAAAGACAAACUAUUUGGCUUGACCUGGUUUGUCCCGAGAAAGAACGCGACGCCAGUCAUGGCGGCUAUGAUCCCAACGCUCCUUGCAGAAGCAACGGACGGCAAAUCGAAUGCAGCUGGGGUGUCACCUACAGGAGCCCCUCAAGGACUGCAUCUGGUACCGCUUCCCUUUGCAGACGACAUUCGAUCGAAUCCACCGACAACCCGGCAGGAACCUUUACAUUCUCCGGAUGAACUUGUAGAUGCCAUGAGGCCCAUCAUUCAACAGCUGAAUUUGCCAAAAGGCAUAUAUGACCCUUCUAAAUACCCGAAUCCGAGUCUUCAGUGGCAUUACCGUAUCCUCCAGGCACUAGCUCUCGACGACGAGAUCCCUGAUAAGCCGGAAGACAAAACAGUACCAAAAUAUCGACAGAUAGACAAGCGGGUGGGCAACGAGGCAGUAGAAUGGGGCAAGACCCUGGAGAAAGCGUUCAAAGAAUUCCAAAUUGAGAAUCCAGACACAGUUCCUACGGGUUCCAAACGUUACAUCAACGGACAGUCAUCGUCUGCUCAUGGCGGUGCGAAGAAGGUCAAGACAGAAGGAGGAGACGGGAUCACUGAGGAAGAGGUCCGAAAUCUAUGGCAGAAAGGUAAACUUUCGAGUCUGACGGUUGCCCAACUAAAAGAAAUAUGCGGACCCAAGAAGAUUUCGAUAGCUGGGAAGAAGGCAGAUCUCAUUGACCGACUUGAGAGUUGGCUGGAGAGCAAGUGAGCAGGAACGGUUGUCCUACUGUAUGAAUGAAUUACGAGAUACCCAAGACGUGUAUUUUACUGGCAGACCCAACCAUGAAAGUGGUUGAGAUGUAAUACUGUGUGGUCAAUCAUUGCACUCUCAGUCAUAUCCAAAAG